AUGGGGGCGAAGUGUUCUCAUGUAUUAGAAACUUAUAAAGACCCUGAUUCUGUACCGAAUGUUGUAAGACCCCCUACUCACGAUCCUCUGAGGGGUUUUACUCACGGUCGCAAAAAACGGGAACUUGUCGUGACAGAAGAGGAAAUGAUUGCAGCUGGUCUUUCAUCCAAAGAACGGGACUAUUGUGCACCCAUGUUAAUGGCUUGGCGUAAAUGCAAGGCGGAGCGAUCAAUUCUCUUCCCUCUCUUCUGUGCACAUUUCCGCCACGGUUACCUAGAAUGCCAAACUCGUGAUCAAGUCAUGCGAAUGAAGGAAUAUGAGCGCGAGUACCGUCUGAUGAAGCGCGAACAAGGAAAGAUUGAGACUCAGUCUGCCUAA